AUGACAUCAGGAUGCAAGAAGAUUGACAAGUAUUACCAGAAGACAACCAAAUCAGACGUCUAUAUAAUGGCCAUGGUGCUUGUUCCGAACCAGAAGCUAGCAUACUUCAAGAAGUACUGGCCAGAAGACCUGCAGGAUGGUUUGAAAGAAGAAAUUGAGUCUGUGGAGCGCCAGGAACCUGUCCUCUAG